CAUCACAUCGCUGCCCAUCUCCUACCUUUUAACUUGUACUUUCAAAAGCAGUCUACCUCAAGAAAGCAACACCCUCACACCAUCAAGAACACCCAACCAUCAUCUAUCAACCAACAUGGCCGACAACCUCCCCUCCGGCACCGAGUUCCGCGCGGGACGGUCCGACUCGACCGCAUCGGCCAGCUCGACGGGAAGCACGACGGGGUGGGCCAACGUCAAGCAGCAAGCCGCCACGACGACAGCAACGGCACCGACCACCCAGCAAGCAGCAGCAGCAGCAGCAGCGCGCACGCCGGCGUCGCCCUACCGGCGGCCGUCGCACCCGCUGUUCGAGGGCCUGACGGCGCAGAAGCGCAAGGACGACGCGGCGUCGGUGGCGCGCCGGCAGAGCAUGAGCGAGCAGCGGCCGGCGACGGGCUUCAUCGGGCAGAUGUGGAAUAAUUGGGUGUACGGCAAGCAGUAGCUGUGCCUUUGGCCUAGAUGUCAACGCCCCAAUUGUAGAGGGCAAGGGGCGUUUCGCGCUCCUGAGAAACUACUAUCGGACUUGGUUGAAGAGGAAUGAGUAUUUCGGAAUUGUACUGGUUUAAUGAGAUGGUGUUGGUAGGCUUUGAUGCGGGAGCUGAGUUUUAGGAAGAACAUAUAAUGAGCCAUCUCUGCUCAGACCAUGAAACAACCGAGGUGGUGCGAGGAAUUGGGCGGUUGUUGGUUCUGUUGUUAUUAUAUGUUCCUAUAGUGCAAUGUCAGCAGGCUGUUCGUAUCGA